CUCAGAAAUCAAAACUUCCAGUGGCGGAAAAAUCUAAAGUGGUACCUUGCAAAACACAUGCCAUCUCAGAAUGUCUAACAAGUCCAAGUUUGUCAUAAAGUGUGGGAACUUUGCUGUGCUGGUGGAUCUCCAUGCCCUGCCCCUGGGCUGCCGAAAAGACACCAGCUGGUUCUCCCAGGAACUCAAGGAGGAAGUGAGCGCUCUGAUAAGAGAAGUGGUGGACCAGCGGGUCAAGCAGUUCCUGGAGUCCCAGCGGCAGCCCCAGCUGAAGGGACCACAGGCCAAGCAGAGGAGGGAGCUGAGUCCUGCCAGCCCCCUGUGUGUCAAAGGGCCCACCUUUCGCCUGGCGGCGUACUUCAUGAAGAGGCACGUCAAUCUCAGAUGCAUCGCCAAACAACGUCACCGAGAGUUCCGUGUCUUCCCCGAGCGCUUCGUCGUGUGCGUAAGCCGACCGGAGGACGCGGCGGCGGCGGCGCGAGGAGGAAACGCGACCCGAUCUAUGGAGGAACAGGGUGGACAAAGCUGCUCGGAGUAUUUUUCCGGACGGGGCGAAACCCUAGACCCAUUAAACAGCUCAGCAAUAACAAAGAGGACCGCCCUUCAAAAGAUAGCAAAGCAAGCAAGCGCCCAGGUCGACCCCAGAAACCCUAACCCACUGAACAAAAACUACGGCAAGCCGGAGGCCCCGGGCCUGUCCAGUUCAUCCGCGGUGGCGCAUGGAGAUGAGGUGGUGCCACCACCCUCCGGUCCCGGGGAUGUGGGUGGGCGCGCGGUUGCCGGUGGGCUCCUGGGGGGCAUGGUGGCCAGCUCCACGGGCGCCCGCCUGGAGGGGGGAGAAGGUGAAGCGCUGGCGCCUCGCUCCAAACCCUCCAAACCCAGGAAUGAGCGCUCGGGGACCACAAGCCGGAAAGUGGCUGCCAACCCACAGCAGCAGGAGAGCAAGAGUGGCCCCACCACCACCACCACCUCUGCCACCACCACCACUGCCGCCACCACCACCACUGUUCCCCCACAAGCCCAGCCCUGCGUGGGGGACGACAACAGCAGCAGCAGCAGCAACAACAACAGCAGCGGUAGCGGCAGGAGCAGGAGAAGAGCCGGGCGCCUGCCGGAGGGCCCGCUUACGCAAGACGCAAAGCGUUUCCGAGGGACGUCAGAGCCAACCACAGAGGUGCUGCUGCAGCAUGACAGCUCCAGGAGGGCCUCACCAAGGAGCUCCGCGCCUGGACCCUCUCCCUGUUCGCCACCACCACCACCACCUUCUCCUCCUCCGCUAUUGGAGCGCGCGCUAGAGGCGGAACGAGAGGCGGCACAUGGAAAACAGUCCGGGCGACUCCCCCUCCGCGUCAGUAACGCGGAGCAGACGAACUCGAGUAGGCUGGCCGCAAGUCUGAGAGGCCUAUCUGUCAAGCCCGUAUCCUCUGGCUCCUCUAUUGGUUCCAGACUCGCCGCCAAGGAGGAGAAGGAGGACGAGAAGGAGGAGCGGGGGGAGGAGGAGGAGGGGGGGAGGCAGAGCGCGGCCAGAACAUCUCGACUACGGCGGCCCAAAAAGUCCUGAGGGAGCUGGGCCUGCUGCAGUAAAGAUGCCUGACGCCACGCAAAAUGGAUGUAGCUGCACGUCUCUGCACACUGCGCUUUGUCUCUGAUGCACCCACACAGUCAUGGAAUCUCUCUCUCUCCCUCUCCCUUUCACACACAAACACAAGCACACACACACACACACAUGGAGACAGACAUACUGUACAUACACACACAGACACACACAUACUUACUCAGUCUAAAUGUCUCUUGUGCACAAUCAGUAACACACGUUUUCCCUGUCUUUGUCAUAUUACUAUGGUCUGGAAUGUGAGUCUACAUGAUUUGGUUCCAACAAAUGGGAAAUGAGAAACAUAAAUAAAUAACAAACGCACUCACACAUACUCAAAACAUUAAAUCGUGCACUGUGAAGAACUAAAGACUUAGUCUUCUACUGAAGAUCUGAAUUUCAGACAAGUAGGAGCCACGGAGGACGCCCGUGGCAAGCAGCCCAAAUCACCCUGGCUCCAUGUGUCUGAAAUAUCAAAUCUUCAGGCUUUAGCACAGAUCUAUGAUUGAUUUCUGUGUGUUUUCACAUACAGAAAAUGCCUUUAAGUCGUUCUCAUCUGUUGCCCUGGAGCCAACUAAUUUGCUCGUCAUGGCGAUCAGGAUUGGAUGGUUUGUUUGUCUUUGUUGUUGCCAAACAAUUUUUGUGAGAAGAGACGUAGUUCCGGUUACGCUUAUGAUUAGAAGUCAACAUUCCACUUGCAUGUCACACACAUCAUUUCUCAUAAACACACGACGGUGCAAACAACCCCUGUCUCUUGUACCCAGACAUUUUUACUUACAUCAUGCAAGGACAUCUGGCAGUAAUUAAUUAGUCGCCCACAUGCUAUCUGUUAACAGGUGAUGGCCAAACAUGUA